AUGUUUCGGGUUCAGCAUGAGGGCCUUGCUGAGGUGUACAGACGUCGCGGAGGCGUGUUUAAGUACAUCCGCAUGCUGAUGGCCCUGCAGUUCCUUCCCGCUCCACACAUAGAACGAGCCUUCGAGACUCUAGUGCUGAGGGCAACGACGGACGCGACACGCCUCCUGGUCGCCUAUAUCAGCCGGCAGUGGGUCCACGGCGGGUCGUUUGAGCCCAGGGACUGGUCUGUGUUCCGACAGGACGUCCGGACCAACAACGACCUUGAAGGAUACCACAACCGCCUGAAUUCAAAAGCCGGUAGCGGUGUCGGUUUUUACCGACUGGUACCUCAUCUUCGCCAAGAAUCGGAAAUGGUGAAGAUGCUAGUUGAAGGCAGCGACCUCCACCGGAUCACAACGACGCGGUCGGCUAAGGUCCAGAAGUCCCUGGUGACCCUCUGGGACAAGUAUGAGGCGAAGCAAUGCACCACCUCCGAGUUCCUGGCAAAGGUCGGUCAUGUGAACGGUGUUGUGGUGGAGUAA